AUGACCAUCCCUGCAGAAGAGAAGUUGCCUCCGCAAGAUGGCGGUAUCCAGGCAUGGCUGUUCUUGGCAGCAUGUGCUAUGAUAGAGGCUUUAGUGUGGGGGCUCGCGUUUUCUUUCGGCGUCUUUCAAAGCUAUUAUCGAACUCAGGAAGCCUUCAAAGACUCAAGGAUGGUAGCACUGAUCGGAACGUGUGCCACAGGCGUUGCCUAUCUGAGCUGUCCGUUGACAAUCGUCGCGAUGAUCCUGCUUCCGAGAAUGACUCGCUGGUUUUCGACGAUAGGGCUUGUCAUCAUGAGCCUGUCACUUGCCAUGGGCUCUUUCGCAACGAAUGUGACCCAUCUCGUUCUAUCGCAGGGCGUCGCUUUUGGCUUUGGUGGUUGUAUAGCGUAUAGCCCAUCCAUUCUAUUCAUGCCGGAAUGGUUCGUGAAACGAAGAGGGCUUGCGUUCGGUAUGGUCUGGGCUGGCUCCGGGCUCUCUGGCAUCGUCUUUCCACCGCUUCUAGAGAAACUCCUCAGCCGAUUCGGUUUUCAGACCACCUUGAGAAUAUUGUCGGUGUUGGUUUUCGUGCUGGCCGGUCCUUUCUUAUAUUCCCAUAAGCCUCGGAUUCCCAUCAGAGCUUCUCGCCGCCUGACCUUCCGGUUCUUACUCGACAAAGUCUUCAUUUUCUACCAGGUUGGAAACACUUUCGAGGCGCUCGGCUUUUUCUUGCCGGCGCUUUACCUCCCAACUUUCGCCCGGACUAUCGGGGCCUCUGAAUUCCUCUCCUCAUUCACAGUUACGGCCUUCAAUCUGGCAUCUAUCUUCGGCAGCGUCUUCAUGGGAUUUUUAUGCGAUCGAUACCAUGUACAAAACUGCAUUGCGAUCGCUACUGUCGGAGCGGCAGUUUCGAUAUUCCUUCUGUGGGGAUUUUCUAUAACAAUCCCUGUCUUGUUGGUAUUUUCUGUUGCAUAUGGUUUGUUUGCAGGCAGUUACUCAGCGACCUGGUCGGGAAUGAUAAACGAAGUCCAGCGGGUUGAUCCGACGUCCGAUCCGACGAUUAUUUUCUCAUUUAUUGCAUUUGGACGAGGGAUUGGCAAUGUUGUGAGUGGUCCUUUUAGUGAGGCAUUGCUUGAGGCAGAUAGCUGGAAAGGACGGGCUUGGGGUGCAUACGGUAGUGGGUUCGGUCUUUUGAUCGUGUGUACAGGCAUAACGGCGGUUCUGGGCGGGCUAUGUCUAGUUAUGCGUCUUUUUAGAUGUAAUAAGCAUGAGGAUAGCAUUCAAUGCGUCCCAUAG